AUGCCUCGUGCUUCAACCUCUGCGAAGCGACAGCAAGCCGCCGCCAGCCAGCGCGACACCAGGCACGAAAAUGGUCUUGUAGGCCCCGCCAAGCGAGUAUCCAACAAGAAGAGUCACCCGAGCCUCGACACCGACAACUCGGCCUCGUCUUCGCCUCCGGUUCUUGUCUCUGCCUCUGCCUCUGCCUCAGCUUCUGCUUCCCGUCUGCCCGACCAGAAUGCAGCUGUCUCGGCUCUCCCAUCGCCCCUGCCCAACGGCUCUUCCAACGGACUUCCAAAGAACGCGACCGUCGCUGCUACCCUCGACACCAUGGCCCCCGAUCACCGAAACCUCGACGCCGCCCCUGCCAGGCGAGGCUCGCUAGGCGCCUGCUCCGAGACGUCGUCUUCCGAGUCGCUCGUCUCCAACAUGCCCAACGGCAACGGCGCCGUCGACUCCGACUCGAACCACCGCCUGAUCGAUGUCAACGCUUCCAAGAAUGUCGACGUCCACCGCGACCCCGGCGGCCCCCUCGAGUUCGCCGCCACCGUCCUGAGAGCCCUUCCCCUGUACGACACCCUCGCCAUCAUGAUCCUCCUGAUGCAGGUCCCCUCCGUCGCCCUCUCCGGUAUCUACAUGGUCUUCACGUUCCUCACCUUUGUCCCUCCCGUCACCACCAGCUCUGGAAUGAACAUCAAUCUGGCCGAGAUCUUCGACUACAACUCCACCAUGCCCUCCCUCGUCACGGUGCUUUGCAUGGACGUCUUCAUCCUGCUGGUCUGGCUGUUCCUGUGGCCGCCCAUGCAGCUUGCCAUCCUCGACUUUGCGAAGCCCGUCAUCGCCACCACCCUCGGCGGUGGAUCGAACACGAGGGAGGGGGCGUCGAGAAGCGUCACGUCGUGUUUUCUGCUCGUCAUAGGUUCUCAUCUUCUGCGCGGUUCAAGAUUCCACUGGUCAAGAGCGACAAACUUCCUUCCCGAAAGUUGGCGGCGAUUCUCACCCGACUCGGACGACCCGUUAGAAUCCUUCACGCGCGGCUUCGACAAGCGGGGGCCGCAUGGGUGGAUCAAGAGCGUCCUCGCCAUACACAUAUUGACGCAGGGUAUAGUGCGGUACAUAAGAGAGUGGUAUUUAAGAAGAGAAAAAGGAAGCGCAUCAGCCCACAGCAUAACGGACCCCGAGGCCGGGAAGACGUACGCCACCGACACGGCGACCGAAAACGGCUUCGUUACGCCCGACAGCGAUGCGACCUUCCAACAAAAUGCAACAGUAUCAUCUACGAAAAAGAAGCGAAAACAAAGCACACAGGUGCGUCUCCAGCAGCCCCUAUGGGCGGCUCUGGCGAGCACCAAAAUAGUCAUGGUUAAGGAGUAUGAAUUAUCACACGCGACAUCCGAGUCGGCCGGCUCCAACGCUACCGACAUCCAUAACCUGGGGAACGCCCCGUUCGACAGCCAAGCCGAACAGAUUUGGAUUUCCUACAUUGGUCACGACGAAGUAUGCUUCAACACCAGCCAUUUCCCCGACAGCCCCAGCGUCGGGAACGGGCACGUCAACCGUCCAGCGGGCGUUGACACCUCGAAGCCUUUUUAUGUGCGUAUCAACAACGCCUUCUGGCAGCCAACACGCAUCUAUCGUGUCCAGGACGACGCCCAAGACGAGCAUCUGGGCCACCACAGGUGGUGCGGUGACAUCUACGGGCUGAGACCGCUUUCCAAGUACGUCUGCGAAUUCGUCGACACCCAAACGAACGACGUCCUCUUCUCCACCAGCCUCCGAACCUCCUUCGCGCCAAACAAGGACCAGGAAGGAUCUAUCAACCCCCCCGUGAGCACGCCUCAGUCGCUCCGCCCCGAUUCGCCGGCGACGACGCUGAAGAGCACCAUCAACGCCAACAACGAACGGCUGGCGGAGGAAAAGUUACGGCUCAAGGCGCUGCGCAAGGAGUGGAAGAAUAAGAUUAAUACGCUGAGGAAGGAGAACGAGAGGCUCGACAAUAUGAUCCAGUCGGCGGGCGGCAACGACGAGAAGCACAAGCAGAAGAUUAUCCAGCAGGAGAACACCAAGGCCCAGCAUGAGAAAGAGAUUGCGCAGCUCGAGGCGGACCUGAAGGCGUCUGAAAAAGCGCCGGACGGGCUCUACGACCGCAAGAAACAGACCGAGAAGGAGUGGGCCGCCGAGAAGACCGUCUACGAUGCCGCGUCCAAGGAGUUCAAGGAUUUCAAGGCGUGCAUCGCCAAGGCGGUCAAGGUCAAGGAAGACGAGCAGGCCGGCAUGCAGACCAAGCGGAACAAGAUCGCGGCACGGAUCGCCAAGGUCGACAACGAGCUCGGCAGGAUCACGGAUGCCAACAACCGCGGGCUGGACGAGGCCGAACGGAGACGGCAGGCGCGCGCCGCGUGGCAGGCGGACACCUCCAAGAUUGAGAACAACUUCGCCGGCAGCAUCGCCGAUAUCAAGGGUACGAACGCGCUCAAGCAGGAGCAGAUCAAUCUCAUGCUGGCGCAGAUCCAUGAGUUCCACGAGUUCAUGAACAACGCCACCGCCGCGUCCAUGCCCUUUGACGUCCCCGACCGCCACCACGCCCAGUCUCAAGUCACGUCCGCCUACAACCCCGCCGCGCCCGCGUGGACCCCGUCGUCCGGAGCGGGAGCGCACUUCACGGUCCCGUCAUCGUCGACCUGGCCCACGGCAUCCACGACCGCGCCGGGCUCGACGCUGCCGCUGCCGGCGCCCAGCGCGGCCGACGUGUGGGGGUACCAGCCGCACCAGAGCAUGGUCUCCCUCAAGGCUAGAGGCCGCUCCUCGUCGAUGCUCAGCGACGUCUCCGGGUUCACGCAGUCGAGCGACGGCGGCGACGAGUUCCUCUCGCUCAACAACACGCCGGCGCACGGGCACGCGGCGUACCGCGCGCCCGCGACGUUUCCCUACUCCAGACACCAGCGCAGCGACGGCGCGGAGUCCGGGGGCAGCAGCGUGCACAGCGGGAGCGGCAGCGGGAGCGGGAGCAUGCGGGAUCCGGCGAGUCCGAUCUGA